CAGCACCUUCCUGCGGCUGCGGCUGCGCCUCCCGCCCGGGAGCCUGCGGUUGGGGCGGGGGCUUUCCUGUCGUGCCGGUGCCACGAGGCCGGGACAACACCCAGGAUAACACCCAGCAGCCCCCCCGAGAGCCCCUCCGAGCAUCCUGGGGAUGGUGCAGAGAGAAGGAGCCCGGAACAAGGGCUGUGCAAAGCAUCGAGUCAGGCCCUCUCCCUCCUCCUCCUCUUCCUCCUCCUGUGCUAAGGCGUUUCCCGGUGUUGAGGUAUCUCAGGGCACCCUGGCCCCCUCCCUGGCCGUGCCCACACCGUGCCCGGGGGGUGGCAGCGCUGGCACCAGGUUCGCCGUCACUUCUGCUUUCGGGGCGACAUCAGCCCCAAGAGCGCAGCUGCUCGGUGGGGCCGAGCCGGGGGGCUCCCACCAGGGCAGGAAGCCCCUCUUUGGGGCCUGCCCACACCCUGCCACCAUCCCCGGGGGGUGCCCGCAGCCCCCCAGCCCUCGGUGGCCCCACUCUCGGCGUGACGUCCUUCUCCCCCCGCGGGCUCUGGAAACCGCAGCAGCUUUUCCGCGCUCCCUCCUUUCCCCGCCCGGCCGGAGGUGAAGGCGGAGGGCUCCCCACGACGCCCGGUGCCAGGGCUGCCCUCGCCCCGCCCGUGUCAGGCCCUGCCGGUGAGUCCUGCACUUGGGACCCCACCGCCUCCAUCAGCACAGGUCCCAUGGCGCUGGGCCGGGCCGUGCUGCUGCUGCUGCUGCUGAGCCCCCUGCGGGCGUGUGGGGCUGAGCUGCUGGAGCCGGGGCUGCCCCGGGACGGGCAGUGGGUCUGGGGGGCGGCCGAGCCCCUGCCCCUCUCCCGUGGGAAGAGGGAUGACAGCGGGAAGGGGCUCGGUGUCACGGCGAUGCUCAGCAGUGACAGGAGCGAUGGUGUCUCUGUGCCGCCGCCAGCACCCGGCACCGAGGCCGGCCUGGUCCCUGUGCCAACCGCGGCCGAGCCCUUGGAUGAUUCCCCCGAGCCUGAGCUGCUCCUGAGCUCUGCAGCACCAGAGCCCAGCACAAACGCCAGCCUGCUCCGGGUGCCUGUAGUGUCCACCACAGCCGAGCCUAUGGAUGAGACAGAUUCCCCUAAACCCGAUUUACUGGAGGACUCUGUGGAACCAACAGUGCCCAGCCUGCUCCAGGUGCCUGUGGUGUCCACCACAGCUGAUCCCAUGGAUGAGACAGAUUCCUAUGAUCCCGACCUGCUCCUGAGCUCUGCCCCACCACCAGCACCCAGCACCAAGGCCAGCCGGGCGCCCGUGGCGCCAAGCACAGGUGAUCCCAUGGACGAGACCGAUUCCCCUGCUCCCGAUCUGCUGCCAGGCUCAGAGCCCCAAAAGAGCAUCGCCACCACCACCCGCAGCUGGCUCACGUCCCCCAAGGAGGAGAGCACAGUGACUGAUGGCCUGGACAGCCGCUCCUCCGCGGGGCCACGCUCAACAGCCCCUCCAGCCUUUGUCCUCACCACCACGGGCUACAAGAACCCCAAGAAAUACGGGGCUCCGCCUGCAGCGACCCUCCCGGCCUCUUGGGACACCACGCCGGAGGCCACCGCGGUGCCCUGGGAGCCCAGCGGGAUGAUGAUGAGCAAGUGCCUGCUGGCCAUCCUGCUGCUGGGGCUGGUGGCCGCCACCUUCCUGGUGUGCACGGGGGUGCUGGGGACGCUGCUGUGGCGGCGGGCGCGCUCGGGGCAGCGCCGGUUCAGCCGCACCGAGAUGGUUUGUAUCUCCUCGCUCCUGCCCGACGCCGAGGCGGCCGCCGGCCCCCGGCCUGUCCCGGCCCGGCGGCACAAGCUGCUGCUGCCCGACGGCAGCUCCGAGCCCGAUGGAGACAACCUGACUCUCAGCAGCUUCCUGCCGGAGCACUCCUGAGCCGCGGGGGUGGCUCCUGCAUCCUGCAGCUCUGGGGACCCCCUGUUCCCCGGUGUUUUAGCUUGGACCAGUGUGACGGAGCUGCUCCCCCUCGGCCAGCUCAGCCCUCGAGGCCCAUCCCAUUAAAGAGUUACCCGGACCUGGUGGUCUCUUCCUGGCAGGGACGGCACCCGCCAGCCCCUCCCCGCCCCUCCGCCUGCCCACAUCCUGCUGCCAAAAUUUCGCUUCUCCAACCCUGCGGGAGCAGAAAUGAAACCCGCGGCCACCCCUCGCCGGGCAGGGACCAGACCCUGGGACCUCGGGGACGGGACCGCAGCCCCCGGGACCUCCUCCCCGCAUGGGCUCGGCCUCGUGGGAGCUGGGAGCGCGGGGGGGACGGGGCGGAAGCGCCGGGGACAGGGACGGGGACAAGGACAGGACGGGUGCGCUCGUGGCACAACGUGUUCCUGCCUGCGGUCGCUGCAGCGAGGCGGGGACGCCUCCGGAGCCGCCGCUGUCUGUCAGGUGCUCGGCCCGGGGGCGAGCGGUGGCCGCAGGGUCUCGGCAUCAUCCGGCAGCGCUGGCCCCGGCUGGGACUGGGACUGGGAGGGAUGAGGAAAGCAAAUCCAAGAGAGGCCAGAGCCUCCCAUGGAUUUCACCCGCUCAGGCAGGUGUCAGUCACCCCUCAGGCCACCGACUGAUCCCUUCCUUGGGGGAGUGGAAAUAGCCCAGAACUGGCCCUGUCCUGCCAGGCUCAGUGUCCCCAUUUAUCCAUUUUGGUCCAUCUAGGCUUCACAUCCCCACAUCCCCACAUCCCCACAUCCCCACAUCCCCAUCUCUGCUGUGAGCAGGUUCAAAGUCCCCAUCUCUCCCUCCCCACCCUUGCCCUGCCAGAUUCAGCACUCCCAUUCCCACACCCCCAUAUCCUCUUCCCCACAUCCCCGAGCUCGCAGCCUCCUCAAAGGCCACUCUGGGCUGUCUGUCCAGGGGGAAUUGCCAGCGUGGUCGUUCACCUGCAUCCCGGCCCCGCUGCCUGUUUACAUUCACCCUGUGUUUGGGAUAUUUUCCAUCUGGAUCCUGGCAGCUGCACAGCCCCGCUCCGGCUGUGAAUGUAAAUGUUUAUGGGUGAGUCAGCCGGGCCAGGAGACCCGCAGCCGGUGGCCGUGGCCGGUCCCCACGCAGGAGACCCUGACCGUGGGCUCCUUGCUGAUGCCACCCUGCUCUGUCCCACUGUGUCCCCCUGCCAGCGCCCCGCCAGCCAAAGCAGCCGCGGGGAAGGAGGGAUGCUCCCAUCCUCUGGCUUCACCCCAGAGCAGCUCAUCCGGCCUCUGCCCCCGGUGAGGAUGAGGCCGCUGUGUCCCGAGGAACUGUGUGGGCGCAGAUCCGAGGGAUUGCUCCCGCUCUCCCAGCCCUGUGCUCUCCAGCAGGAGCCCAGCGAGGAUAAAUUUCCCUCCACCGCAGGAGCGGGAGCCGGGAGCCGGGAAUCGCCCUAUUUGGCGCAGCCAGCAGGUCCUGUCGGGCUGCCAUGGCCCACCUCACGGCACAGGAAUUCACGGGAAGCCUGCGCGGUGUCACAGCAGGAUCCUCAGGGA